AUGAAGGAGGUUUCCAAGAUACUUGCAGAAACUGAAUUGAGCACUGGAUAUGAAAAUAAGCUUGAACAGCCAGGCAGUAAUGAAAGCGAUUACGUUGGAGAAGAUGAAGAAGGCGGUUAUUCAUCUGCUGCGGAAAGUGAUAGCCAGGAGCUGCGAUCGCAACUCAAGAGACCGCUAGAUGAUACGGAGCCGAUAUACAGGCCAUUCAAACGGCAGAGAGGAGAACUGAAUCUCGAAUACUUGGAGCUUCUCAACAACGAAAUCCAGGAUGCUGCGCAGCAGAGCUCCUUUGGCGACCUAAAGGCACUCUCGGCGAGCCACAUCGGCCUCACUCACUGGUCUACGGCAGAAAAGCAGAAAUUUUUCGAAGUGGUAGCACGCCUCGGAAAAUACGACCUCCCCGGCAUUUCCACAAAGGUUGGAAGCAAGAGCGUGGCAGAGGUCAGCCACUACUUGGAGUUUCUCCAAGAAGCCUGCGAGUCAAGACGGCAGCAGCAAGGGUCUCGCACCAUCUUGGAGCUUGCAGAGUAUCCUGCUGCGGUAGAGAUUAGCCAACAGUGCUGCCGUGCUGAAGAAGAGGCUGCAGAUGAGAUCUCGCUUAAACAAGAAGCGCGCGAGGAGAUACGGGAGCGAAAUCGAUGGGGAGAUGUAUGGGACAUUACGCCGAAAGUUGCCAGAAAACUCAGCAAAGCUAUUCAUAAGCAGGACGAAAACUUGGCCAGCAUUCCCCAGUUUGCUCAGCUAUUUCACUCUUCGACUUGGCUAGAACUUUCUGCGCGGAUGUUUAUGAACUCUUCAGUUCCGGGUAAUAACUGGAACUCCAUAGGCGGAGAACCUCCGUCAAUGUGGGCAACUACUUUCGAAGACUUCCACUCAUUAACUUUAUCCAUCACUCGCAGGCUUGUUCAAACAACCAUCUUCAUUGCAAUGUCAAGGAUCAGAUCGAAGAACGCGACCAGAAAGAGGGUUAGAGACAUGGUACAACUGCAGGAUGUUGAAGCAGCCAUUUCAUCUCUGAAUCUGACUUCUAAGCUGAAUGAAUCAUGGGUUGGCAGCGCUCGAAGAUUACGUCUGGAUGUUUAUGAAGAUCCUACUGAAGGAGACGAGGAGUUUGAUGAAGAGCGCAUGACAUAUGAGGAGAUAGAGAGAGCUUUAUCCGGCGACAACACUAGUACGCCUGGAGAGCAAGCGCAGCCAGAUACCCCCUUUUCCACCCAGCUGAGUGAUGUUGAAGACGAAAACGAUAAUCUCUCGGAUGUUCCAGCCGAAUCAAGCAGAUCACCUUCCCCUACAAAUGAGGAAGAACGACAAAUCGACAUGGAGGCAGUGGAAGUCUUGGAAUACUCGGUCAUGGGAAUCCGAAGUAAUAAUGCUACAAGAAAGGCUCUAAAGGCGUUCAUAGCUACGGACCGGCAAUUGGAGAGACAAGCUGAAGAAAUCGAUCAGUAUGCCAGCUACAAGGCAGAGAUUGAAAUGUGGAGCUUGUUGCAGAAGAAGCCGCCCAUGGAAUUGCCAAAGAAGCAUGACCCCGGCCCAGUGAGGCGAUCAAACCUAAGUCUAGAUAGCUUUUAUCCCAGCGGACGGGAUUGGGCGCACAGGCUGGCGUAUUAUAGCGAGUGGGAGACUCUGCCACUGUCUGAGCCGGAGCUGAAGCCGGGGUCUACAGAAGAGGAGGUUGUAAUCAAGGAAGAAGCUGGGGAUGAGGGCGGAGAUGAGGCUGAGGAGGGAGACCGGGAAGAAGCCGAAGCCGAAGGCAAUGAAGCUGAGAGUGUAGAUGACGAUAAUGAUAAUGAAGAGGAGGAGGAGGAGGGGGAAGAUGAAGAGGAAAGUAUUGAUACGGAACAGGAAUAG